AAUUAAAAAAAAAAAAAAAAAUUCAAAUCAGAUCGAGUGAUGAACAUAGUCUGAAAAUAAAUAAAUUACUCGAUUUGUCUUCCAACAGAGAUGUUGGGGAGAUUUACAAUAAAUUGAAUGGGAAUUCUCUUCAAAGUUGUUACUUAAAGCUUGCCAAGUUGGAAGAUUCUUAAAGAUAUCAAGCAAUCAAACAUAGUAACAUGCAACAGGUUGGAUAACUAUUAUCAAUCCCAAUUUGUCCAACCCAUAUGCUACUAAAUCUGAAGAUUUACUUUACACAUGAACAACCACUCUUAUUAAAAUAAUUCAACUACAAAAUUUUAGUGUAAAGUCAAGUCAUAUAAAAUAAAAACUAGUCAAUAUUCAUUUAUUCAAUCUCACACUAAACCAAAGUAUAAUCACACCAUUUGAGAGAACCUGUUAAUCUCAUCUAUCUUCAUCAAUUCUCAUUAUAAGAGUUCAUAGGAAGUGGAAGAAGGUGAAAUUGGGCCGGGUUUAAUGGGUUUUAAGGCCUUUAAAUGGGCCAUUUGGUUCAUGAUUAUUGCUAAUUGGAUUGACCCGACAAGGCCCGAACCCACCAAGUCAGCCCAAACCUUGCCUAGGAAAACCUUUGAUAAUUACACUGUUGCUCUUCAUAAAGCACUUCAGUUCUUCAAUGCCCAAAAAUCCGGGAAACUACCCAAGAACAACGGAAUUCCGUGGAGAGGAAACUCAGGGCUACAUGAUGGAUCUCAACUUAAAGAUGUGAAGGGAGGAUUAGUAGGUGGAUACUAUGACUCUGGUGAAAAUACCAAAUUUCAUUUUCCCUUGGCCUAUUCCAUGACAAUGCUAAGUUGGAGCUUGAUUGAGUACCCUCACAAGUAUCGCGCCAUUAACGAGUAUAAUCAUGUACGCGAACUCAUCAAAUGGGGAACAGAUUACUUGCUCUUGACAUUCGACUCAAAUGCCACAAAGAUUAGCAAAAUCUACAGUCAGGUUGGUGGUGCCUACGAAAAUUCGAAUGUGCCUGAUGAUAUUAGCUGUUGGGAAAGGCCAGAGGACAUGGAUUACCCGAGGCCAGUACAAACAGCAUACGCCGGGCCAGAGCUAGCAGGGGAAAUGGCAGCAGCCUUGGCUGCAGCCUCUAUAGUAUUCAAGGACACCCCUGCUUAUUCAAAGAAGCUCGUUAAGGGUGCUGAAGUUCUCUUUGCCUUUGCUAGGGACCCUCAAAAAAGACGGCCUUACAGCCGUGGAAACCCUUGGAUCGAGCCAUACUACAACUCAACAGGCUACUUCGACGAGUACUUGUGGAGUACAACAUGGCUGUAUUUUGCUACUGGAAAACUUAGCUAUCUUUCGUUAGCUACGAAUCCUGUAUUAAAUAGAAAUGCUAUGUCUACGAAAUGGAGCAAGAAAGCCGGUGUCUUGAGUUGGGAUAACAAGGUUCCUUCAUCUUUGAUGUUGUUGACAAGAUUGAAGAAAUUCCAAGCUCCAUUCUACCCAUAUGAAUCAAUGUUGAGAGAGCAUGAUAAGCUUAUUUCUCUGUCCAUGUGUUCUUAUCUCAAACCCUUCCAUCUCUUCAAAUGGAGUAAAGGAGGAUUGAUACAGCUGAAUGAUGGAGAGCCACAAUCUUUACAGUAUGUAGCAAAUGCUGCUUUUUUAGCAAAUCUAUUUGCUGAUUACUUGAAUGCUAGUGAGAGUCCUGGAUGGUUUUGCGGCUCUAAAUUCUUCACUUUAGCGACUCUCCGUGAUUUUGCUUCAUCUCAGAUAGACUACAUUUUGGGCAAAAACCCCCUAAGGCUAAGCUAUGUGGUGGGAUACGGUGAGAAGUACCCAAAUCAUGUACAUCAUCGAGCAGCUUCAAUCCCAUCUGAUGGUUUAAAGUACUCAUGCAAGGGUGGAUACAAGUGGUGGGACAGCACAAAACCCAAUCCUAAUACAAUUUUAGGCGCCAUGGUUGGAGGACCUGAUCAAUUUGAUCAGUUCCAUGAUGAUCGUAGAAAUCGUGGAUCUGCAGGACCCACAUUAGCCGGUAACGCUGGGCUUGUGGCAGCCCUUGUUUCGCUGACUAGUGGUGGUGGUUAUGGUGUUGAUAAGAACUUCCUGUUUUCAAACCUCUCACCACCAUAAUUCAACAAACAAAUCUUGGCUUC